AUGUCACCUCCGGGCUCGGGAGAGUUUCUUCCACUAGCGAUCGAUGUGGAAACGAUGAAUCCUGCUCGAGCGCGGAUGCUUACUAGGAUGAGCUCAGAAGACGCAAGAAACCGGACUCCGUCACCUGAAGUCAGGACUGAAAGGGGUUAUACCGCGGGUCUGGGUCCUCUUAGAUCUGGGGCAAACUCUGGUGCCUUGGGUAAUCGGCCUCGGCGCAUUCCUCGAAGUUCCCAGCAACCUGAAGGCUCGCGAGUGGCCUCGACCUCUUGGCCAGACGCGGGCCUCCCACGGUUGCAAGAGAACAUCAAUCCCAACAAUCCCAGUCUACCAAAGCGUCCUUUCAGUCCUACGGUAAAGCAUGAAAAUGGUUACAGAGAGAAGAAGCCGAAGCUCAGUACUUCACGGUACUACCCGGAUGUUGAGACACUUGGUCCAGCUCCUCGUCCAGACUCCGAUACUCUAUACCUGACAUCGCUCCUUCGAAACCGCGAUUUGUUCAUCACUUUGCACACGGACAAUGUCAAGCCGAAGACUCAUCAGUUCCGUAUCUCCCAAGCUGGGCUGGUGCAGCAUGAGAAACUAUCUCUCAUCGCGCACACUCGAGCUCUUCCACUGUUUUCCCAAGACCUGGCUACCUCUUCCAACGAUGGGAAACUCUCGCAGACCAUCGUUGGUGAGUUGCUCGAGGAUAUCUGGCCCCGCCUGUCCAAGCAUGAGAAGUACCAGUAUGCCCGACAACUUCGCAACAUACUCCAAAAGUUGCGGUCUCAUGAAAAGGCGCCCCCAGGCGGUACUUUUGGGUCUAUCAAGUCGGGGCCAUACGGGUUGAUUCUGGACAAGCAUCAGAACCAUACGUACUUUGCAGUACGAGUUGAUCCAGAUCAGCAGCAGUUCAUGGCGCUUCUGAUGUCUACACUUUACUCAACCGUCCCCACACAGGUUUCCAAGGCUCUUAUGAGACAGUUUCGUACAGACUAUCCUUCAGUUCUGACGCAUGGAAACCUGUGCCCCAGAAACAUCAUCGUGGCCAACAACACGAUUGCAUGGAUCCUCGGUUGGGACUGUGCAGGACACUAUCCAGUGUGGUGGGAGUACGCGAAAUUCUUCGAAGCCCGAACCAUGGAGGAAAACAGCGAUUGGUAUGAAUAUGCUGAUCAGAUCUUUGUGGAUGAAUAUCCGGUAGAGCUGGCGGCCUACCAAGGCAUAGCCAGGUGUCAGCAACCUUGA